CAAAUAUGGCUGACAAUUCUAGUAGCAUUUUGAGUCACCCAGAAAUAUUAUCGGUAGAAAAACUUAAAGAUAUUUUAUCUUGUCGAGGAAUACCCGACAAAGCUAUUGUUGAUAAAGACAAGAAUGGGUUGGUGCAACUAUUUCAUCGUUUUAUUGUCCCUCUGCCGCAGAGAACGACAAGAAAUACAAGGCGAGCAAAUCGACUCAAAAUAAAGAGGGUUACUAGCCCAGCUGGUGCCAGGGAAUACAGCUGUCGAGGAAUUAAACGGUAUGCAGUUAUAGCUGCUUAUAUGGAAACUGUAUUACCAGUUUAGUAUGUCAACUUUUGUAAAUCAUGCUAAGGCAAGAAUUUGUUUAGUUGUUUUGUAUGUCAUAGUAUAAAAAAAUGGGCUAAGCAAAUCUGCAAAUGCUUUACUAUCUGACAAAAUCAAUAUGUCUCCACUACCCCCAAGGUAUUCAUCAGAUAUUGAAGUAUUUUGUGCACCAAGGACAGCCCAGGUUGUUUUAAAAUGCUACUAAUCUCAAAUAUGAUUUUUGCCAUACGAAACAUUUGGAUUAUUCUAAGAAGAUUCAAUGUAAUUUUAUCUCUAUAGUAAAGAAGCUUGUCUUGAUUUUCUUUUUGGCUGAAUCGGCUCUCAAUAUGAUGUCAUUUGAGGAAUUUCAGGCGCCGAAAACAAGAGAAAACUAAUUUGCAAUUCCCCAAAUGACAUCACAACAGGAACGUUUAGAGUCAAAAAGUUUAUUAAGAUGUAUGUUUUUACUAUAAAGAUAUCUUACAUUUCUUCUUAAAAUCACCCAACUAUUACACAUACCAAAAAUCAUAUUUGGCAUUAAUCGCAGUUUAAGUGUAAUGGACAGUCCUUAUCUGAUAGUUUUUGGUUAUAGAAAGAGCAACUCAUCAGAUACAGAUCAAACAGUGCCAACCAAAGAAGAUUGCAACAUUUCACAUGACAAGCAGUCGAGCAUCAGUCCAACGACAGAAUGUGCCAAUAAAAUAAUAAGCUUGCGUAUGAACUGUCAAAUGUCGAAACCUCUCAAAUUAAACAGAGAUUGUUUACUACAUGAUCCCAAACAAAAUAAUUCUGUAACAAAGUCGAAGAUUGUAAAUUACGCAAGACAAAGCAAAGUUUCGGAAACAACAAAACGUGAAUGUUCAAAGGUUAGUGACAGUUCUCAAAAGGUUUCAUUGUGUUGCUUUCAUUUUUGAAAUUGAAGAGAUGAUCAGUUAUUAAUUUGUUAUUAUUCAACUGAUCCCGGCAACGCUGUCGAUUUCCAAGAUCCUGGUAGUAAUAUAAUUAUGCUCUAUUGAUGGUGGUCCCCAAUAGAUUAUUCUUCUGUAUGUAGUUGUUGCUUAUUGUUCCUGGUAGUAAUAUAAUUAUGCUCUGUUGAUGGUGGUCCCCAAUAGAUUAUUCUUCUGUAGUUGUAGCUCCAAAAACUGAAGUUGUGUUUGUAAUUUCAGGCAAUUAUAUCUUGUACAUAACGUUUAUUAAUGUUUUCAUCCAGAUAUCAAACAAGAACAGCUCACAAAGCAUUCAAGAGAGAGACAAACAGGACAUGCCAAAGAAGUUUAAAAGAAUCACUGUGACUUGGCCCUGACGCUUCUUUCAAUAACCUACACCCGAGUUGUUAGCGUAGUUGAUAACACCAUUACAGCUAGUAACCAUCAAUGCUGUUGUUUAAUUCCCAAUUUGCAGCAUCUUUCCUCAGAGUUACAACCAGAUUUCAUCAAAACACCUUCAUGAAACUCGCACUAGUCUGCCAAGUCUAAACUGAUGGAACAAGAAUGAGUUAAUUUGAAAGUUGUGUUGCCUGAGAGUUUUCUCAACUGUCACCAAAGGACAACAAGAAUUGUAUGAGAGAUGGUUAGAUAUUACCGAGCAUGGGGCAAAGACCUUAGUCAAAAUUUAAACCAACUCAAGAUUGUUUAGAGGCAAUGAGAGUUGGCAUUCAAAUGUGAGCGAGAGUUGCAAUUGUCAACCAUGCAAUAAUUCUGAGUAUAGGAUAGUUUUUAAUGUAUAGGAGUAAUUUUUAAUGUAAUGUGACAUUAGUUGAUGCCAAUGGAUAAUGGUUGACAAAAAUGAACAAUAAGGGACAAUAGUAAAUGUAAUGGGAAAUGGGUAUGUGUUGUCACAUGGGUAUAAAGAUGGACUUUCAAAAAAAAUGUAAUCUUAUUUAUAUUCUGAAUUCAGUCUAUGUGCUGUCCAACUUGAAUACAAUGAAAAGGAGAGUUUUAGCACAAUACAGUACACAAUAAAAAGCUUCAUUUUCGUGAUUGAGACGUGGCCUUUCACUCAUGUCAGAUACACAAAAACGAGGCUCUAUAGACAAAGUUACAUAGUUUCCGG